AUGUCUUCCACCCUCUCGUUCCUCGACCAGUUCAACGCCCCCUCGACCGAAGGCGGGAAAAGGCUCUCAAUCUACACCCCUAAGCACACCCACGUCGGCGAUAGCACCUUGCUGACGCUCCUUCUCAGUAAUCCCACCGACGUUUUCAACCAGCUCAAAGCCCACAACCCCGAGGCAACCAAUGCCACCGACCGCGCUGCACUAGAGGCGUAUCUCUCCGCCCGCCGCGAAUACGACGAGGCUGUCAAGGCAGCCGACGAGGCCAUCGACCACCACAAGCGGCUCCUACGCCAACAGGACGACCGCUUGCCCAUCGCUUUCAACCGCUCCUACCGCGCAGCAUCCGGACGCGACACAACAAAUUCAUCCCGCGUGCCAUCCCCAACGCAUACCUACCCCUACCCGCACCCCUACCGACGUCUGCCUUCAGGCGCCCCCCGAUCCCAUCCCCUUUCCUCCAAGCAACGCCGCGGAGCACUACCAUCCCGGCUGACUGGCAACCCAACCCUGGUUGGACCCCGAAGGGAAGUUGCAGGCGAUGCGGAUCGUCUCGACACUGGGUACGGGACUGUCCGGACGUACGAUGCGCAGGAUGCGGAAAAGAAGCCCCUGGACACCUGGAGCGGGAGGGUGGUCGUCGACAACGUGUUCCUCGAGGGAAUCAUCAACGAGGCGAAGGAGAGGAAGGAGAGAGAAAGGCAGAUGAAAGUGAUACCCAUCCCUCCACCGUGUAGCGCUAACCCCGAACCCCCGGCCAGUCCCGUUGCGGGACCUUCACGCCCCCGCCCCGAUACACCCAUCGUCUUUCGCAGAGUCGACCCCGACUGGACACCCGACACCACUCAAUGGACGUGGGACAGCUCCUGGCCGAAUCAGAAGCACCUCUCUGGCGAGGAAUGGAUGAACGUAGGGAGGAACGCGCGCAAGGAGUGGUUCGAUGAAGAGGAGGACGACGGCGUAGAUUGGGAGUUGUAUGGAGAUGGUGAGCAACCUCUCGCGGCGUGUGCUGUAGACACGCAAAGUAAAUCAACUGUAACUGGCCACUCAUCACCCGAGAACCAGUCCUCCUCCGCCAUGUGGGAGGCAGAUGGGACAGUCCCUCACGAGGUAUCCGACACGCUGGGGGUACCUCGAGAUGUAGUGGCCAACUUGGCUGAGCUGACCAGGUCACAAAUGAACAACAACACGCUUAUUGAUCGCGACACACAGGUCGCGCUUGGGCUCUACAUGGAGGGGAAUGACACAUGGGACCUCGGCACCACAAUGGGCGCCGUCAUGAACGACUCAGGUAAUAUGCAAGGGUUGUCCACCACCGAGGAAGCGGAGUCGCCCACAUCGCCACUGAGUGGUAAAAACACACUGAUCAAUGUGGACGAAGAGGUAUCCAUGAGCGUCGCAAUGGAGGAAGGCACCGUCGAGGAGUAUGGAGCGGGAGUUGUACGUCAGCCAUCCUCCCUUCGUAAUCCUGGGAUCCUGACGUCUAAUCAGGACAUCACACUGUCCAUGUACCAGUCAUCCACAGCAUCAGCGUACCCGGGAGACGGCACGCCCAGUGCUGGGCCAUCGAGAUUCCCGGGUGCGCUCGACUACACGCUCGGUUGGGCACAGGGUGACCCCAUUCCCUCGACAACCCAAUCAUUGUAUGGGAGCAGAGAUUCUGUAUCCCGUACAAUCGAUCCUGGUCUGUUGUGGACAGAGCAGGACCACAUUGAAACGAAAUACACAAGUUUGCUCGAUGACGAGGAUGAGGAGGGGAACGAGGACCUCGAGGAAUGCGACGACGACGAGGUGUAUGACGACGACACUUCCAUUCUCCACGCAGAAGAUGAAGACAAUGCACCUCUUGUAUCCAACGAGGGCGAUUCUGCAAUCGUCGACGACGACGGCGUCAGCAUUGAAGUAGCCGCCAACUUGCCACCUUUCGCCCGUUUCCUCGACAGGCGCACAACUCGUUCCCAGACUCGUUCGCCUUGUGAAAACAAUGGUUUGACGAUGCCCGAUGCCUCGCGUGGGCAAAAGCGCAGGGCUGACGAAGACGGCGAGGACGACGAUGACGACGAGAAGGCAGUGAAGAGAGCCCGGAAGAGAAAGGCAAAGGACACUGGACAGAUGAAGCAGAAAACGAAGCCAAAAGCAAAGCGUACAGCGAAGGCAAAGGGUAAGGCGAAGGCAAGCAGCACGAAGAACAAGGCAAAGGCUGGCAACACUAAGAGCGAGGGAGAAAGGUUCCCAUGCUUAUGCAGUUGUCCGAAGAGAGACCCAGACGACCUCGAGAAACCCCCCUGGCCCCACUGCAAGGAGCCCUUGUGCAGAGGCGAUUCGGUCAGGCGACAUAUCGAAGAGGGUGCGUGUCCCGCCUUGAAACAGUCACCUGGAGAGUCGAAGGAGUCCGGAGCGUCGAGUGACGGGAACGACGGUAAGCGCAAGGGUGGAGACAAGGGUGGUCGUGGUGGAGGAAAGGGCGGUCGUGCCUAA